GAACGGAGUUCAGGCUUCGAAUUGAAAGAACAGGAACGGGUAGCGAUUAUUGUCCUUGUACUAGGCGGCCGAAGCUAUCGCAAUGUCGCAGCGAUUUUCGGCUGCUCACUCGGCGCGGUCGCAUCCACAAUUCGACGAUACAAUAAAGAUCAUACUUUCAAGGUAGCACCCAGGGUAGGCAGGCCAAAGAAAGUCAUAGCCGACACGUAA